AAAAUGGCAAUUCAGUCGUUGGAAGAAACGCGGUUGUUUGCAAGUGGUAGUAAAAAAAUAUAUUUAUUGAAACGACCACAGGAUUAUCAACAGUUUAUCGGUGCAUGGACGACGAUUUUUACUGCAGAUUGUGAAACUUUUUAUUCAUUUCUGUGCGUUGUUAUAAUUUCGAUUGGACUUUUUCUUCGAACUGCUCACCAUGGUUUUCCAGAAGAAAAGCUUCCAAAUACAUUCUGAAGAUGAUAACAACACAGCACGUGACCUGCAAGGUGAAAGUGGUGGAGGACGGAAAAUGUUUGCUUAUGAAAAUCCCAGUCUUUCAUUGUCUGGAGACAGCCUGAAAACUGGAUCGACCGUAGAUUUUCAAGGAAGCAGAGAUUUCAUUUUCCAAGGGAACGAGGGAAAAAAAGACACACUGCCAUGGCUCAAACAGAAAGCAUCGAGCAAACUUACCAAGAAAACGCUCUACAAAAGGAUACCAGUCUUAGGUUGGGCACCGAAAUAUGACAAAGCGGCUGCUGUGGGCGAUAUUCUAGCUGGUGUUACUGUAGGAUUGAUGGUGAUACCCCAAGCAUUAGCAUACAGUGGCAUAGCAGGGUUACCGCCCCAAUAUGGUCUUUAUGGGUCUUUUAUUGGAGCCAUAGUCUACAUUUUCUUCGGAAGUUGCAAGGAUGUUCCUAUGGGGCCAACUGCCAUUUCAGCCCUUUUAACUUUCCAAUCAAUUAAAGGGAUGGGUCCUGAGCAUGCUGUUUUGCUAUGCUUCUUCACUGGAUUGGUUCAAUUUGUAAUGGGAAUUUUUGGAUUAGGUUUUCUGAUAGAUUUCAUCUCAGGUCCAGUAUCAUCUGGAUUCACUUCGGCUGUGGCGUUAAUUAUUUUAACGUCACAAGUAAAAGAUAUUUUGGGAGUACAUGCACCAGGAUCAGUAUUCACCGAAAUAUGGAAAAACAUUUUCCAAGAUAUUCACAAUACAAACGCUUGGGACACUUGUUUGGGUAUUGCUUGUAUUAUCGUGCUGUUGGUGAUGCGGGUUGUUGGACAAAUGAAAAUUGGACCAUCCAAAGGAGAACUCUCCGCUUUUCAGAAGUGUUUCAACAAAUCCUUAUGGCUUUUAGCAACUGCUAGAAAUGCAAUAAUUGUGAUUGUAUGUGGAUUCAUCGGUUACGCGUUAUAUGAUGGAACGUCCCCACUCACACUUAUAGGAGCAGUACCUGCAGGCCUACCUAGUCUUCAACCGCCUCCAUUUGGUGGAUAUAACAGAAUAGAAAAUAAUACAGAAGUACAUGUUCCGUUCGUCCAAAUGAUGGCAAAUUUGAGCACAGGAAUAAUCGUUACACCGCUAAUUGGUCUCUUGGAAACUAUUGCCAUUUGCAAAGCAUUCUCUGACGGUAAGCCUGUAGACGCAACUCAAGAACUAAUAGCAAUCGGGUUGGCAAACAUCGCCAACUCUUUCGUUCAUGCCUUCCCAGGAGCUGGCGCUCUUGCAAGAGCCGCCGUUAAUAACAGCAGCGGAGUUAAAACUCCUCUGGGUGGUUUGUACACUGGCAUUUUGGUCAUUUUGGCCCUGCUGUUCUUCACGCCCUUCUUCUACUACAUUCCCAAAGCUGCCUUAGCAGCGAUUAUCAUUGCUGCUGUUAUAUUUAUGGUCGAAGUUCGAGUGGUUAAGCCAAUGUGGCGAUCAAAAAAAAGCGAUCUAUUCCUGGGAGUUUGCACCUUUGUCGCUUGUCUAGUGCUACCUCUGGAAGUGGGAAUUUUGGUGGGAAUUGGACUAAAUGUAUUGUUUAUUUUGUAUCACGCAGCCAGGCCCAAAAUCAGCAUCGAACGAUUAACGACAAGUCGCAAUACAGAAUACCUAAUGAUAACUCCAGACAGAUGCCUGAUAUUCCCAUCAACAGACUACGUAAGAAAUUUGGUCACUAAACAUUCAAUAAGGCAAGGCAUUCCGGUAGUGAUUGAUUGCUCGCACAUUUAUGGUGCAGACUAUACUGCUGCAACUGUGGUUGAAACCAUCACCAAGGACUUUGCCCUACGGAAUCAGCCUCUUUUCUUUUACAACUUGAAACCUUCAGUGAGUGCUGUAUUCGAAGGUCUAUCUCCGCAAGAUUUUGUGGUAUACUAUGAUCACGAUCAGCUGGAUGAUCUGUUGGAAAAACAGAAUGCGAAAAAAACCGAUACAAAUAAUAUAGUCUGAACGUCGGCUUGGACUUGAAUAAAACGUCUACAUUAGCUGGAAGUAAAGAAAAAAACGAGACAUCGAAGAACACUCUCACGCAUGUUUCAAUAACUUUCAGCCGUUUUUGUUAUGGAUUCAAAAGAAUUUACGAUGCAUCCGAUUAAGAGUUGGGGUUUGAUUGGCGAUGAUUGCAAAAGAUCUUAUUUUUAAAUUAAUGACGCAAAGAACCAGGAUUUUUCAAUUUGACCUUAAUAAAUUCAAUUACCGAACUCAGCGAAACAUGUGUUGAAUGUGUCUCGUCCUUAGAAAUGAAUUAUGAUAUCACAAUUAACGCUCGAUGGGCCCAUUGUGGAUUUGCACAUUACCGAAGUAUUAUUAACAUAAUUUAUUUAUAGGCAUCUUCUCAAGCGAUUUGUACUUACGGUUUUAUUUUGUAUAUAUUAGCGUAGUUUAUGUGUAGCUGUUGAUUGUACUGUGAUAUUAAAUGACUAAUAAAAUAA